CAGCGCCCACUUACAGUUUUUCAAUAGAUUUCACGACUUUUCUGGUCUUGGGUUUCCUUCUGACCAUUUGGAAUGCUGAGUCGGCUCUUGGUGACAAAGAAUCAAAAACCCUCAGGCACCUAUUUCAAAAACGAAUGAAACGUGCCACUAAUUGUGACAGAGAAUUCAUUAUAAAAGAAAUGACCAGCAAUACUAUGUUGCCUGUGCUUUAUACUGCUGCCCAGUUAGAUACAUGUUUGAACAAUAGUGUGUUGAUGACAAACCUCACUGAACUGGGACAUAUAGCUUUUAACAGCAAUCAGCUGCUUAUUCUAAAAAAGAAAUUGGGAGAGAUAUACACAAGUGGACUGCCAGAGGAACGGAUACGACAGCUGGGAUUCAUUAUUACUGUGUACGGCCCCGACGAGAUCAGCAUGUGGAACAUAACGAAUGUGGACACCCUUGCAUUUGUACUAAGGAAUAGCCCAAAUCUGGACACGACCAAAGUAGUUGUUCGAAAUUAUGUGCAGGGAUCUGGGCCGCUAAAUGCUGUUGCAUUGGAUGCGAUUGGUGGUCCAUUAUUGUGCACUCUGCAUGAAAAGAACCUCAUGACCAUUCAACCCACUGAACUGAAGAAAGCCAGGCCACUGAAUAUUUUCACAUGCACCCAGGCGAAGAAAGACAUACUCUUCGGGAUCGCUAAAGUUGCAUUCCAGGAUUUUGCUGGUGAUCUCAAAGCCUAUUUUAACCAACUCAAGCCAUAUAUUGGUGGUGCAUGAGCUUCUGAUUUAUAAAGAUUAGCUCCUGGCGAUAUCAACAUGGACUUCCAGACAUUCAGCAGGCUCAAUCCAGUGGAAGUGGAAAAACUCACUGCCCAGAACAUUCAAGAUCUUCUUGUCACUAACCUGAAUUCCCUCAAAGUAAAUGAAGAUCAUGAAAUAGUGCAGCGCUGGGUUAAUUCACACAAAGUGACUGAGGUGAUGAAUCUGGGAAUUGGCCUAAGAGGUGGAAUAUCACCAGCUGGACUUGGAAACUUUUCCUUCCGGGAAUUGAUGACUGGUUCUGCUUCGCUUAAGAGCUGCAGUCACCUGCUUUCCUUCGGCAUUACUGUGAUUGGAAUCACACUGCAAUCUUCCUUAUAAAUUAGGAUUCAUUCUGCUAUAAUAUGUAGAAAGAGUCAGAGGUUCCAUUAUCAAAUAGAAGUGAUGGAUCUUAAAGAAUGUUUAACAAUUUCAGCAUGUGCAGACUGAAAUCAACUUACGAAAAACCACUUUGGAUUGACAUUAAGUUCAUGAAGUGUUGAACAUAAUAAUUUAGAAUCAACAUUGCACUGUCCUCUGAAUGUUGCCACCCAGCAGCUGUCAGUAAAUUAUUCUUUUUUUGCUCCACAACUUAAUUUUUAUUUCACCGACUUGCUUUGGAAUGAAGAUGUGAAUAGAAUCUAAUUUCUUUUCAUAGACACUAUUUGCAACUUAACUGUUGUUAUAACAGGAGUCUGGUAAUGAUAUUGAUUUGGAUACCAUUGACUGAGUAAAAUUCACAUCCAUAAGCUAAAGGAAGGAGAGGGUCAUGAUUUCUGUCCCUGAUUUUGGUCAAGAAUUGAGCACUGGACAUUUUAAAAAUCACAGUUGGACUUAUCAAUUUUGUUCCCUACUUCUGGUCCAUCAGUUGACACCUUUUUGCAGAGAUGAUGCUUAUCUCUUUCAAGUGAGAAUCUUAUUUGCAAUAAGCAUAUGAGGAUCCUCCUCCAGUUUCAGAAACCCAAUCUAAUUUUGUUUUGCCAAUGUUUGGAGUGUGUAUUGCCUUUGCAAUUAUCAAAUGAAAAGUUGGCCAUUUUGUGUGUACUAUGUUGUGGAAUACAAAGGAAAUAUAGAUAAUUCUGCACAGUCUAAAUAGAAGAUUUAACUCCUAAUAAAUAUAAACUGUCCUAUAAUAGUUUGCUUUUUGAAAGGUUAUGGGUUUUAUACAUACAUAUGAAUCUUACAAAAUUGCAGAUUAUUGGUAAAUGUUGUGCUUCCCUUGGGGUCAUUAUAAGGGCCUUAGACUUCAAAGCAGUUAACAGUACUGACUUGAAUGUCAAUGUUAACUUUGCUCAACUCAGCGGAACCGAAGUGAUGGUGCAACAGUGUAUUUCAGAUUUAAAUAUUCCCGUUACUUAUAUAUUCACAAUGUUUAACAUUAUUCAGUGCCGUUAUUAUAUUAGA